UGGUUUGAACUAGCCGCUUAGCGCAGUCGUUGGGUGCACGAUGGCGCGAUCAGUCGACAUUGGUUUUUUCUUUUCUUUUUGCCGCCGUCGUUUCUGAGCGGUGAGUCGGCCCAAAGCGUUGGACCGUCUCCGUGGUACGCGAUACUUUCACGUUAUCCACGGCCCUAACACCUCUCCAUUUUUUUUUAUUCAUUUUCCGGGUACCUCAUUAUUACUGUCAUUGUCAUCGAGAGCAACUCAAGAAGAAGAAGAAGAAGAACAAGUGGAAUCGACGCUAACAUCGGCGAGAAACGAGUUUUCGCCAUUUCUCUUCGUAAUUCUCCUCUCUCUCUCUCUCUCUCUCUCUCUCCCUCCCUCCCUCUUCAGUGUUUCUCUUUUACCGAUCGAUUCCCUACUACCACCACUACAACCAUCAUCAACAUCAUCACUUCUACCAGACGGUUUAAUACAUCGCCAACGUCUUUUGGGAGGAAAUUAAUCCGAGGACUCUCCGUAUUCUCCGUUCAGGAACGUACGGCGACUAAACGAAAAGAAUUUCGAAGGCCUUACCUUCGAGAGAGCGACCGACUACGGACGAGAUAAGCAACUCGUUCUCUCUUCACGAAGAUCUAUCUCCAUCCGUCCAAGGAAGGACCCAACCGCGGCGGGAUACAUACACGCAAGGCACCGCAACGAAAACCGCGCGGGUCCGAGCACAAGUGAUAUACGUACACAUGUGUAUUCCUAUCUUCUAUUACUUGUAUAUGUACGUGCACGCAUGCACGCAUAUUUACGUAUACAAAUGUAUAAAUGUACAUACAUUAUCUACGCGACGUACCUCGAAGAAACUAGAGCUUAACGGUAUUAAUAUUAGUUGUCGUUUAAGAAACGCGUGAACGUUCGAUAAAAACUCUUCUAUACCGUACAACAACAAUAACGGUCGUGCACCGGUCGUGCACCGUGCCAACUCGGAAAAGUUGAUGCUUCCGCGUUCGGUGUUCGACGAGUUUAAAGUGUGUUCAAGAAGAUUAAUCUGAUAAACGAAACGACAAUACAUAGACGCGAAGAACGAAGACAAAAAUCUACGGAUCUCUCACCGAGCGAGAGGAAAGAAGAACAAAAUAACUGUGUGGCGGAAAUAAAUCGUUAAAUACGGGAUAGCCAACAAUAUGAGAGUGGGGACUACGAGGCAACAUCCACUACAAACGACACGUAUUUCCAACAAUGGAAAGUUCCUGGUUAAUACGAAUAAUCAGGAGGUCCAACAGCAGCAGCAGCAGCAGCAACAACAACAACAGCAGCAGCAGCAACAGCAGCAGCAACAGCCGCAACAACAACAGCUGCAGCAACAAUCGCAAAUAUCCCAUCACCACCAUCAUAACCACCGUCAUCAACAACAUCAUCAUCAUCAUCACCAUCAUCGUUAUAGGCAGCAUCCGUAUCAGCAACAUCAUCAACGACAACAGUCGGCGGCAACGAACAGUGAGGAAAAUACGAGCGCGGUCGUUCCGCUCGUCGGAUUCUCGAGUAGCGAGCCAACGGCACGGAACGUCGAGCAUCACGGACCAACCAUUCUCGGGGAUAGAUUCGUUCUUCUUGGUCCGGCGGAAGGCAGUGCACUUUACAGAUGCGUCGACGUCCAAACCGAUCAGCAGCUUGUCGCCAAGGCCCUGAGUCAAGGUGACAAAGGAUGCGAAGCGUUGCUACAAGCACAUCUUCGAUUGGAGGGAACGGAGGCGGCAAGCGGACUCGCUGGUAUCGUCGAAGGUAGCGGUGGUCGACGUUAUCUUCUUUUGGAGGGUCAUCAUGGUGAUUUGCACGCUUACGUUAGGGCACGCAGGAGAUUGCGCGAGCCUGAAGCGAGACGACUCUUCCGGCAAGCAGCCAAGGCCGUUGCCACGUGUCACGAAUACGGCGUCGUCCUCAGGGAUCUCAAACUUCGAAAAUUUGUCUUUGCGGACGAAGCCAAAACGCAACUACGAUUGGAGAGUUUGGAGGAUGCGGUGAUCGUGGAUAAGGAGGACGACAAGUUAACCGAUCGUCGAGGUUGCCCGGCCUACGUUGCACCGGAAGUUCUCAGAUCGGGAAGAGCUUAUUCCGGAAAGGCAGCAGAUAUUUGGUCUCUUGGCGUCCUUCUUUAUACGAUGCUGGUCGGGCGUUAUCCGUUCAACGACGCGGAACAUGCUACGCUCUUUGCAAAAAUUUCACGAGGGCAGUUUGCUGUGCCGGAAUGUCUCAGUCCCCGCGCAAGGUGUCUCAUUCGAUCCUUGCUAAGAAAAGAACCGUCGGAAAGACCGGAUGCUGAGGACGUCCCGCUUCAUCCUUGGCUCUCGAAACCACUUCGUCUUUCUUCGCCUUCGCCUUCACCUACGCCUUCGCCUUUGCACUCGCACUCGCAUUCGCAUUCAACGUCAUCUUCCUCAUCGUCCUCGUUGUCGUCGUCGUCGUUGUCGUCGUCGUCAUCGUCGUCGUCGUCGUCGUCGUCGUCGUUUCCAUCUUUAUCCUCUUCGACAUACUCUUCCUCUUAUUUCCCUUCGGGGAGAUCCGCUUCUCAGGACCAGAUCGUACCGGAGCUCGUUAACGAUCCUCGACAAGACUGACUCUUCGAAGAAGAGACGAUUAUUAUCCUUUAUUCCGCGCGUUAAUAGCGCCAGCUCUACGUCUUAUUUUUUCAAAGAAAAUCUUUAAACUAAUGUAAGAAAAGAAAGACAUGCAUAUUAUUUUCAAGUCAAAAAUUGCGCCAAGAUCCUCGUCUCUUUUCGCAGAGACUACCGAUCUCUUAUUUGUAUAAUAUAUGUAUUAUAUAUUUCGUGUCAUUCGCGUCUCGUAUUCGUCCUCAUCUCCUACCAUUUCUCUUCGCUCCCUCAUCGUUUUUACGCCAACAAGCUCCUUUCCGAAUGUCGUUUAAUAUUUCAAAUGAGAAUGAACGACGGCCGCGAGUUUCUACGCGAUACGAUCGAAAUAGAAUCCUCGAUUUCAUGUGUAUUUUCAAGAUUAUUCAAACGCAUCGUGUCGUUAAAAAAACACGAAUCUAAUAUUUUUUACCAAUAGAUCCAUGUCUUUCGAAUCUUUCGAUCGUAUCUCGUACACGACUUCUCCGCUCCUCGAGAGGUGGAUAAGGGCACGAAAAACGAUUUAAAUCUUAGAUAUUAGAGAUACGUUAUCGUUGUUGCAUCGGCUUUGCGAUCUAAAGCGCGUUAGUUAGAGUUAUUCCGUACAAUCGAUCAUAGUUCAAGGUCUUUUUAUUUUCUAAAAAAAGUGCAACGUUUAUUUAUUAAGGGAUGUAACGAAAAUUGAUUUUUAAAACAAGAAUAAGAAUAAUUUCAGAACGCGUGCUGCGAGUAAGAGGAUGUUUGGAAAGUACCAAGUGUUCUUCUAUUUGAUACCUUUAAAAAAAUAUCAUUUUAUAUAACGUCUCUCUACGGAAGUAAGACUAAAAAACAAACAAACUCGCUAGAUCGCUAGAUCGAGGAAAGCUUCCUCCUCCCUUCUCUUUUUCCAUUUAUUUUCUCUAACUAUAUCUCAUCGAUUCACAUACUCUAGGUGCGUCUUUAGAUACGUUAAAAAGAAACAUUCUUCGUAUCGUUUUAGUCAGGGUAUAAUGCAACUAUAAGCACCUUCUUCGCAAACGGUCUAUAUGUAUAUAAUUUUCAUCGACAUCAUCCUACCGAAAGCUACAAGAAGACAAACGAAUAACUUUAAUAAUUAGGAAGGAUAACGACGUUUCUGUACAUAGGCGAAAUAAAGUAAUGUUUACGACAUAAUUUUA